AUGGACUCUGAAGUGUGCAGCUCGCUGACUCCCUGCUUCUCCUCUACAUGGGUAACACUUUGGCCUUCAACUAUACCUUAUAGUUAUUUGGGAAUAUUUGGUACCUUCCUUAAUUAUUUAGUGGAAAACCACCACAAAUGGGUAUGCUACGGGUUCUGGGUAUCCUGGUUGAUUCACGUAGUAGAAGCCUUCUAUGGUGUUAAGUUAUGCCAAUCUAAAGGAAUCACUGAUCCAUCAAUUCAGUUUCAAUGGUUCAUUCAGACACUGUUAUUUGGAUAUGCUUCCUUUGGUCUUCUGGUGUCUUACAAACCUUCAGCCAAGAAGCACUACUAGAAGACAGCGAAAGAAGUCACUUCUCACAUUCUUCAUCCUCAUUUUUUGGAAAAUGCCCUCACUUAUAUGUCUAGGUGGUGUAAUUAGCUAAAUUAGAUUCCUGCUACAUGAAUCAGUACCCUUCUACCUAAGUAACUCUCCUCUUACUAAACAAGACCAUUAUAAUU